AUGGUGUCCCAAGAAUAUGAGCCCAUCCAACCGAGCGACGAACUACCAACAGAUAUCAAUAGCGACACCAAUAGUCACUCAUUUGACGACAGCAAUAACAAUGCCACUCAUGAGUCGCCUCGGCGUACAACGACGCGGCCAGGAUCGGCGCCGAGGAGUAUAGUGGGUACGUUGAGGAAGUAUUCUAAGUUUAUUGGGCCUGGUUUAAUGGUCUCUGUAUCAUACAUGGACCCCGGUAAUUACAGUACGGCUGUUKCGGCAGGCUCUGCUCACCGAUACAAACUUUUAUUCUCCGUCUUGGUCUCCAAUUUCAUGGCCGCAUUCUGGCAAUACCUCUGUGCCAGACUAGGUGCCGUUACAGGUCUAGAUUUGGCGCAGAACUGUAAAAAACACUUACCCUUUGGACUGAAUAUCACUCUUUACAUCCUGGCGGAAAUGGCUAUUAUUGCGACAGAUCUGGCCGAGGUGGUGGGAACUGCCAUUUCGCUGAACAUUCUAUUCCAUAUACCGCUGGCAUUGGGUGUUAUUCUCACUGUGGUAGAUGUCUUGAUUGUUCUGCUCGCUUACAAACCCAACGGAUCUAUGAAAGGCAUCAGGGUUUUUGAGGCGUUUGUUUCGUUAUUAGUGGUUCUGACCGUGGUUUGCUUUACGGUGGAAUUGUUUUACGCGAAAUUAGGUCCUGCCAAGGAGAUAUUCUCAGGCUUUCUCCCCAGCAAAGCCGUCUUCGAAGGUGACGGUUUGUAUUUGAGUUUGGCGAUUUUAGGUGCCACAGUAAUGCCUCACUCAUUGUAUUUGGGGUCGGGUGUGGUUCAACCAAGACUGAGAGAGUACGACAUCAAGAACGGACUUUAUUCGCCAGACCUUGAUGAUAUGGACAACAAUCACCAUAAUUAUAGACCCUCUUAUGAGGCAAUUAGUGAAACUUUGCACUUCACUAUAGCAGAAUUACUGGUUUCGUUGUUCACUGUGGCGCUAUUUGUCAACUGUGCCAUUCUUAUAGUCUCUGGUGCCACAUUAUAUGGAACAACUCAAAACUCAGAGGAAGCUGAUUUGUUUUCCAUUUACAACCUGCUAUGCAGCUCUCUUUCAAAAGGUGCCGGUACGGUAUUCGUGCUGGCGUUAUUGUUUUCAGGACAGAGCGCAGGAAUCGUGUGUACCUUGAGUGGACAGAUGGUAAGUGAAGGUUUCUUAAACUGGACUGUGUCACCGGCAUUGAGAAGAUCUGCAACAAGAGCGGUAGCCAUCACACCGUGCCUGAUUCUCGUCCUUGUAGCAGGGCGCAGUGGUCUCUCCGGUGCUCUUAAUGCGUCACAAGUGGUGCUUUCUCUACUGUUGCCCUUCGUAUCUGCACCACUGCUCUACUUCACUUCAAGCAAGAAUAUCAUGCGCGUACAGCUCAACCGUGACAAAGACCUCUCAAGAACUUCGGACAAGAAAGACGUGGGUCAACGAAAUGAAGAUGACGAAACCAUCGAAUUGCAAGAAAUGGGCAUGGGUAGCAGCUCACAGGACCGUGGCUUGAUCUCGCCCCCUCCUGAAUACAUAGAUAUGAGCAACGGAACAAUCGUGACCGUGCUCGCAGUCAUCGUGUGGCUGAUCAUUUCGGGCUUAAAUUUCUACAUGUUGAUGGGCUUCACUACGGGCCAAGAGGUUCACCUCUGA